AUGUCAAAAAUAGACUCAAUCGGUGAUGAUGCUCCUCCGCCAUCCUACGACGAAGCCAUCAAUCUGAAUCCCGUCUUGCCACAGAGACCCACGCCGCUGCCAGCGCCACUGUCGUCCUCAUAUAACCGCCCACCACCCUCUCGAGUGGACCGUCCCAAUGGACCACCUUCCGUGCCCCAAAGGCCGCCUGGUGCCCCGCCCUUGCCAUCUCGACCUUCAAGCAGCCAACCAUCCGCAUCUUCAUCCACGGCAGAUCUAUACACAGGCAACUCUUCCCUUCCAUUCAGGUUUCCUAGGGGUUACUUUUGUCAAAAGUGCAAAAACACUGGCUACAAGAUCAAGAAUGGGGAUAUCUGCCGUGACUGUUGGGACAAGCAUUAUCUCAAGAACAACGCCUAUAACCCCAACCCACAGCUUCCAUUCAAAUACCCCAAGAGGUACCUUUGCGAUAAAUGCAACAAUACUGGCCACAAGAUCAAAAAUGGUAAAUCAUGUAAGGAUUGUUGGGAGAGGUAUGGUCCCAGAAAUAAUUACCAGUCCGUAGGGUACUCUUCUACGCCGUUAUUUGGAUUCACAAGUACGCUAAUGCCACAACAGCCUUCGUUUGGCCUGUUUGGGCCACCUCCUAUGAGGGUGGAGCCUGGUGACCCAAGACUAGGAGGCAUUCUUUGUGGAAGAUGCCGUGGUUCUGGAAUGGUUUACGGAUUUUUGCUCGAUGACGAUUUGUGUCCUAUGUGUCAUGGUUUGGGAAGAAUUAUCAGCGUUCCUGCUGGGCCUCCUCGACCCCCAUCUGGUCCUCCUGGCCCUCCUGGUCCUCCUGGCCCUCCUGGCCCAGGGUAUGGCCCCCCAGGCGGAUUUGGUCCCCCAGGAGGCUAUCCUGGCGAUUACGGAGGGUACCUGCAGGGUCCUUACGGACAAGGACCACCCGGGCCUUCUCAAGUACACGGCUACUACAAGAAUUAA